AUGAAAACGAUGAAGAUGAAGACAUUUAACGACGUUGAUGAUGAUAAAGAAGAAGAAGAAGAAGAAGAAGAAGAAGAAGCAAAGAAGUGCAGUGAGGUGAAGGAAGAGGGGGGCAGGCCGGUGACGAGGGCGAUGAGAGGCUGUACAUAUGUAUAG